AUGGGUUUGGAGAUUUCUGAUGAGAUGUUGGGGACUUUUGCUCCACUUCUAGUUUAUUGGAUUUAUUCUGGUGUUUACGUUGUUUUGGGGUUUUUUGCGGAAGAUUAUAGGUUACAUACAAUACAAGAUGAGAAUGAAAGGAAUUUGGUUUCUAAGUUUGAUGUUGUUAAAGGAGUUCUCCUUCAACAAGCUGUUCAAGCUGUGGUUGCAACCCUCUUAUUUGCAGUGACAGGAAGUGAUACCCAAAGUAGUACCAAUGAGAAUGCUUCUAUUCUUGUUUUAGCAAGACAAUUUGUUACUGCUAUGUUGGUAAUGGACACAUGGCAAUACUUUAUGCACAGAUACAUGCAUCAGAACAGGUUCCUAUACAAGCACAUUCACUCUCUACAUCACAGACUCAUCGUACCCUAUUCGUUCGGAGCUCUUUACAAUCACCCCGUAGAGGGUCUUCUUAAUGACACAGUUGGUGGAGCUUUGUCUUUUCUCCUCUCUGGUAUGAGUCCUCGAGCAUCCAUAUUCUUCUUCUCCUUUGCCACCAUUAAAACUGUAGAUGAUCACUGCGGGUUAUGGCUCCCUGGAAACCCGUUCCAUAUGUUUUUCAAUAACAACUCUGCUUACCACGACGUACACCAUCAACUCUACGGCAACAAGUACAACUUCUCACAACCUUUCUUUGUUAUGUGGGACAAACUAUUGGGCACCUACAUGCCAUACUCAUUGGAGAAGAGGGAAAGUGGCGGCUUUGAAUCUAGACCUUGUAAAGAUUUCAAGGCUGAAUGA